AUGCGGCCGACACUCCGCCUGUUCGCGCGUUACCUGGAGCCGGGAACGCCAACGGGCCUGACGGGCCUGUGGACGCACUCGACCCCAAGAUCGACCCUCCUGUACCUGUACGGCACCACGCUGAACCGGCUCCAGUCGAUACCCGAGUCGUCACUGUACCGGCAGUCAGUCGAGGCAGUGACCAAGAAGCGACUGGGCAUCGUUGAGGCUGCCGUACCCCCGGGAUACGAGCAGUGGGCUGUCAAGGCCAAGGAGCUCGUUGGCAAGGACAGGGAACACUUCCGCGUCAACAGCGGACGCAUCGACGGCAGCGAGGCCCGCACCGUCAAGCUUGGCGACCGCGUCUUUAUCGUCGGAACGAGGCACGAGACCAAGGACGACCGCUCCGAGGAAUGGGACGGCGAGGCUGACGAGGGUGGCGAGCUUGAGGGUGUCCGCACGGCCGCUGAGCGCGCCGAUCAGGUUAUUUGGGCUGAGAGGAAACCCCUCGAGGACCACGAGAAGAUUGAAUGGGAGGACGAGCCGCAGUUGACGGCCGACCAGAUCCACGACAUCGAGCAAAAGAUUGGCGCUGGUCUCAUCGAAGAGGUCAUUCAGGUUGCCGAGGGAGAGCUCAAGCUUCUCGACAUCAUGGAGCAGAGCAAGGUCUGGGAGGACCUCGAGGAAAGGCCUUCUGAAGGCCAGUGGACAUACUUUGAGCGCAAGGCUUGA